GUUCCGAAGCAGUUGGAAGCCGCCCUGGCCGAACGGACCAUCGCGGAGGUUCGUAGAAUUGCCAAGGCUGGCCUGGCAGACCCAAAAGCGGCAGAGCUCUCGGAGGUGCAGCGACUCCUCGAGCUACUCCGGCCCAUUGUGGAUCUACUCAGGCAGUGCGCACCAGAGUUCGUUGACGUGCCGAAGCCAGGACGCCAGCUCUUCUGGCGACAUGCAGCUUCUGUCGCACUUGGGCGCACCCAGGCCGGUGUGGCCUACAAGCAGUGGCUGCAGUCGGAGACCAUUCUGGCCGCUGUUGAAGAUGAGUUGGACGCAGAGCUGCAACUGCAGGAGGACCUGCAUGAAGCCUGCACGGAACAUGCUGGCGGAAUCAAGCGCGACCCAGAGGCCGCCGAAGAUGAGCCGGAGGCCAAGCGACGGUGCACAGCAUCCAGCGCCUCCAGCGCCUCCAGCGCCAGCACUUCCUCAAGCUGCGUCCCGCCGCUUGAUGCAGCGACCUUGCGCCGAAUGGAGGAGAUGAAGGCUUUGCAGCGCCAGUGUGACUUAGAUCUGGUCGCCUUGAGGGCUCAGCAGCUGGGAGAGUUUGAGCGAUUUGUCCAGCAGCAGGAGGAGAAGAUGGCCCAAGCAAAGGCAAGGUUCCAACGGAAUCAAACAGAGCAACUACUGACCAUAGAAAAGCAGAAUGUGCAACACAUUGCAGAACUUCGAUCCAAGCAUUUGAAGGAGAUCUUUGCUCCUUGCUUGUGGAUCUCUGCUGCUGAUGGCCAAGACUGGCAUGGAUUCUACAUGCUCAGCACCCAAGACUCGACAGACGUUGCCCCUGUUUACUGCAAAUACGGCUCCGACAAGCCUUUCCUUUUCGCCUCGGGAGCUCAAUGGUGGUUCAGUAGCAGGCAAAACAUGCUUGCAUCCGCACCAUGCGGAUUUGUACAUAGCACGUGCGCAGGCCAUGCAGCACCAAAUGUCAUUGACGCAAGUGGCUGGAAGAUGUUGGGCCCAGACAGGACGUGGCAUGCUACGGACCUGAGAUUGGUGGAGGUGCGGUCCCCUGUCGAGUUUGUGGUGGUGUCCCUGGCUGGCGAGGAGAUCCUUCGCAAGGCCUGCUCGCUGGAAGAGACAGUGGGGCAACUCAGGAAGGAUCUGCAGGAGCCAAGCCGGCGACACCAGACGGUGCUGCUUUGCCUCAAUGACAACAGGCUCCGGAAGUCCACACCACUGGGUUGCCUCAAUGUAAAACCAGGAGAGCCGCUGCAGGCAGUCUUCAUGCUCCGGAAGUGCUUGGCUUGCAAGAACCCCAUCGACGGGCCCCCGUCGCGCUGCGGCAGCUGUGGCAAGUGCCACUGCCGUCCAUGCAGCCGCAGACUUACGCGGUGCUGGCGAUGUGGCAAGCGUGUCUGCCGCAACUGCGCAGCCGAGGUGGGUAUAUGGUUCUUCAUGGGUAUGUGUCCCAGGUGUGCUCAGCCACCAAUUGCGUGA